AGAGCAGGAAGGAAGCCAGCCGGCGCAGGCAGCAUCGUUGGGCCUUUGCAACGCAGCGUCGUUCUUUGCAAACUCCGCGUUCGGAUAUGGGCCAUGUGGAUGCUACGACCCCUCUGCUUACGGCUCCCUCGAGGGACUCGGCCCGCUUUCGGGUUUUGUAGCUGGAAAAUCCGCCCCCAAACGCCUCCGCCUCCAGACAAGCCUGGCCGCCUCCAGACUGACGCCGCCGCCGCUGCCUCCGUGUCUGACAAACACCUGGUGAAUGGAGGAAAGAAAAAGACUGUUAUCUGCAUUGAAGGGAACAUUGCAAGUGGGAAAACAACAUGCCUGGACUACUUUUCCAAAAACUCUAACAUUGAGGUGUUGCCCGAACCAGUGUCUAAAUGGAGGAAUAUUCGUGGUCAUAACCCUCUGGGCUUAAUGUACCAAGACGCAUCACGGUGGGGGAUAACAUUACAGACUUACGUGCAGCUUACCAUGUUGGACCAGCACACAAGGCCAAUGACUUCUCCCAUAAGAAUGAUGGAGAGAUCAAUUCACAGCGCAAAGUACAUCUUUGUAGAAAACCUGUAUCGAAGUGGGAAAAUGCCCGAAGUGGAUUAUGUAGUAUUGACAGAAUGGUUUGAAUGGAUCAUUAAGAACUUGGAUGUUUCAGUGGAUUUAAUAGUUUAUCUGCAGACCUCUCCCGAGACGUGUUACGAGAGGCUGAAACGGAGAUGCAGAGAAGAGGAAAAGGUCAUUCCGGUGCAAUAUUUGGAAGCUAUUCAUCACCUCUAUGAAGAGUGGCUCAUUAAACAAACACUGUUUAAAGUUACUUCUCCCGUGCUCGUACUUCAGGCCAAUCAAGACAUGCAGGCUAUGAUUGAGAAAUAUGAAGAAAACCGGGACCGAAUCUUAACCUCUUGUGACGUGCAGCAGUGCUUGUAGAAACACGUUCACUUUAUUGUAUUGUUUGCAGAAACAAGUCCUAAGGUUGUAGCUGUUACUUAAGACUUCUGUGCUGAACUCUGCACGUGUGACUGGUCUUACCUUAGCACCUCCUCACAGUCUCUCUGUGUAUGUAUUUUUGAUAGGUUUUUGAAACUCGAAGGAGCUUCAAAAGUGGUUUGCAAUGAGGUGCCACUGGAAUACAAUUGAGAAGCCCCACUGCUUGGCUGCAAGGCCUUGAAUACAUCUUUAGAGUGCAGCCUAGCAUCAGAAAAGAAACUGGACCUGUCCUCCUGGAUCCCAGAAAUUCCCUUCCCUGCCAGAAGAACUCCCCACCUUGAGUCCUCGUGUUGCUCUGGUAACAAUCCCGAGCAGUCUGAGGUCUUGUGUAAAAAAUUUCCAAAGGGAAAAUGAAGCCUGCUUGCUUGCUAUGCAGAUAUUCCUGCCACUUCCCUUCUCAUUUCUACUCCAGACAGUUCUUCCACUCAGUCCCCAGUCCCAAACUGGUUUGUGGACUGUAGGCAGUUAAAAGAAUAGAUCUGUCACUCUGUUGGGUAACUCGUUGGGAGGGAAAUGAGGUGUCCGUGUCAAAGGUCUGUUGUGCUCUGUUCUGAAUAAUGUUUAUGUAGAAUGCAAUAUUUAACAGAUCUUUUCAUAUAUAGUGUUGAUCUUGAAUGAGAGACUAAAGACUUUGUCCCCCCGCCUCGCACUCAACUUUGGCUAUACUCUGUUGGCUUCAGUUAUCCUAAUAUGCUGCUGUAAUUUUACUUUGCUAUUUCAUGGACAGCUUUCUAAGAGGGUAUUUCUGAAAUACAUGUGUAUUCAAAUCCUAUUUAUAUUUAAUCCAGAAAAAGAUUUAAAAGUAUAAAUUAUUUUUAAAAAGCCCUGAAAACCAGCUGUUGUAUGAACAAGUUUUGUGUUUUUAUUCAAAAUAGUCUCUCGCCACCCAAAUAUUUAGAAAUUAUACGAAACUCGGAGAAUAGAUGUGCCGUUUCAACAGCUCCCUCAUUUACCUGACCAGAAGACUAUCCCCGCCCACAAAUGCUAUAAUAGGGGAUUCUCUUAACUUUGUAAGUGGGGGUACUUUUCCCCAGGUGUUGUGUAAUACUUACUAAAAAUAUGUCUAUAUACUUCACUCUGUGAGUGUGAAUAAUUUUAGUCCCAAACAUAUACGUGAUGCAUAUUACGGUGCACUGAAAGGAAGGAAUAUUUCUGGUAGACAAUGUUCAGCUUCUUAAAGUGUAGCAGUUCUCAAACAGGUGAUCUUAAGCGUGUAACUUACCAUUAUCAGUGUUUGUGGAAAUUAUCUGGUACUUAAUGGGACUGCAGUUUGUCAUGGUGAAGAAGAAAAUAGAGGAUACAGUAUCCUGAAGGCAUAUUAACAUUCCUUUUCUCACUACUCUAUUAAAUUUCAGCUGUUGUAUAGAAGCAUCUAGUGGCUCACUCUCUUGAGUACAAAUACUCAGAUUAAACCAAGCCGUUUUUAAACAGCUUGUGCUUAAUUUAUUCUCAUUGGAACGAUACGAUUUCCAAGUUAUCACACAUCAUUACUCUCCUUUAGUUGCAUGAGCUCAGUUUAAGAGAUGCUGCCAAAAAGGAAUCCUCAAAAGGAGCGUUCUUGAGGUUUGAUUCAAAUACACUCUAACCCACCCUGAGCUAGAAUACGAUAAGGAUAAAAACCAAGAUGUGUUCCAUAGAACCUUUAUGAUCAGCUAUUUUAACAGUGUAUUGCUAAAUGUCUUAAUUUUUUUGAUAGCUCAGAGGAGCUGCAUUUAUACCCUGAUUCUCCAUUUUGUUUAAAAGGAUGCAUCCGUUUUUAAACUUAUGCAAUUGUAGCUAAAUAAAUGCUUGUAUCACUUUUA